UUGUACAGUUUCUCGCUGUCGUUUUAAGAUUAGUCUUUAUCUGUGGGGGAGAAAAAAAGCACGAAACGGCUGUAAAAGAUGAUUGGUGUAGUUUUUUGAUUUAUUUCAAAAUUAAUUUUAAAACGAAAGUACCAAUUCGAAAUAGUGUCAAAGGUAAAACGAAACUGAAAUUUUUAAUAAUAUUACAAUUCUUUUUUAUUGGAAAUUACAAGGUUCAACUGAAGUCUGAGUGCUAACAUUUCAUUUUGUACGUAAUAGAAAGGUGCGUGUUAUGUAACCUUGAAUCACGGGAUUUCAGUAUUGAUUAUUCAUCUCUAUUUAUUAGAAGAAAGUUUUACAUAAGAAUAAAUUUAAAAACAAGACCCAAACAUGCAUCGUGCAAGAGUUAUACUUCAGGCUUCAAAUAAAAUAGGCAAUUCAGAGAGAUUUGCAUCAUGGCUUCUCAACAAACCACAGGCUGCAGCCGUGACAGUACAGGCCAAUCGAUUGAAGAGUUCCACGGCGGCGGAACCGUUCCUCAAUGGAUCGAGCUCGGCGUACGUCGAGACGAUGUACAACGCCUGGUUGACGGACCCCAACUCCGUACACGCUUCGUGGGACGCGUUCUUCCGCAACGCGACUAACGGCGCCCAGCCCGGCGUUGCCUACACGCCUCCGCCGAAUCUGGCGCCCUAUUCUAAGAACGAAGUGCCGCUGACGUCACUCGUCCCGGCGUCCGGCGGUAUGCCCUCUAUCGCAGCCGGCUCCCCCAUCAAUGAAAAAAUCAUCGACGACCACCUCGCUGUCCAGGCCAUCAUCAGAAGUUACCAGUCGCGCGGGCACCUCGCGGCGCGGCUCGACCCGCUCGGCAUCUCCACGGGCGACCCGGCGGCCAGCGCGCACUGGCACGGCGGCCUGCGGGCCUUCGCCGGCGAGGUGAUCCGAGGACACCAUAUAGCGAAACUCGACCCGUUGGAUAUAGCAAACUACAAAUUACCGGCCGGUAAAAAUCCUCGGGAGGUCAUUCACAACAGCUACAGGUUCGAUGAAGCCGAUAUGGAUAGGGUGUUCAAGUUACCCUCCACCACGUUUAUUGGUGAAAAGGAGAAAGCAUUACCCCUGAGAGAGAUCCUGAAUCGUCUCGAAGAGGCGUACUGCAAUAACAUUGGUAUAGAGUUCAUGUUCAUUAAUUCUCUGGAGCAAUGUAACUGGAUCAGACAGCGAAUGGAACCCCCUAACGUGACCAAGAUGAGCCCCGACCAGAAGAGAUUGAUACUUGCUCGUCUCACGAGAUCUACUGGAUUCGAGAACUUCCUUGCAAAGAAAUGGUCGUCCGAGAAGCGUUUCGGCUUAGAGGGCUGCGAGAUCUUGAUUCCUGCCAUGAAACAAGUCAUCGACACGUCCACGCGACUCGGCGUCGAGUCCAUCAUCAUGGGAAUGCCCCACAGGGGUCGCCUGAACGUGCUGGCCAACGUGUGCCGCAAGCCGCUGCACCAGCUGUUCACGCAGUUCGCCGGGCUCGAGGCCGAGGACGACGGCUCCGGCGACGUGAAGUACCACCUGGGCACGUACAUCGAGCGCCUCAACCGCGUGACCAACAAGAACAUCCGGCUGGCCGUGUGCGCCAACCCGUCGCACCUGGAGGCCGUCGACCCCGUGGUGCAGGGCAAGACGCGCGCCGAGCAGUUCUACCGCGGCGACAACGAGGGCAAGAAGGUCAUGUCCAUCCUGCUGCACGGGGACGCCGCCUUCGCGGGCCAGGGCGUCGUGUUCGAGACCAUGCACCUGUCCGACCUGCCCGCCUACACCACGCACGGCACGGUGCACAUCGUGGUCAACAACCAGAUCGGCUUCACCACCGACCCGCGCCACAGCCGCUCGUCCGCCUACUGCACGGACGUGGCGCGCGUGGUCAACGCCCCCAUCUUCCACGUGAACGGCGACAGCCCCGAGGCCGUCAUGCACGUGUGCAACGUGGCCGCCGAGUGGCGCGCCACCUUCCACAAGGACGUGGUCAUCGACAUCGUCAGCUACCGCCGCAACGGCCACAACGAGGUGGACGAGCCCAUGUUCACGCAGCCGCUCAUGUACCAGAAGAUUCGCAACACCAAGCCCGUGCUGGAGAUCUACGCCGACCGCCUCAUCGCGGAGGGCGUGGUCACCGCCGAGGAGGUCAAGGACGUCAAGGACAAAUACGAGAAGAUCUGCGAGGACGCCUACAACCAGGCCAAGCAGGAGACGCACAUCAAGUACAAGGACUGGCUCGACUCGCCCUGGUCCGGCUUCUUCGAGGGCAAGGACCCGCUCAAGAUGUCCCCCACUGGCGUGGUCGAGGAGACGCUGGUCCACAUCGGCAAGCGCUUCUCGUCGCCACCCCCUAACGCGGCCGAGUUCGAGAUCCACAAGGGCUUGCUGCGUAUCCUCAAAGCUCGCAUGGAAAUGGUCGAGAAUCGUACCGUGGACUGGGCCCUGGCCGAGGCUAUGGCGUUCGGGUCGCUCCUGAAGGAGGGCAUCCACGUGCGUCUGUCCGGAGAGGACGUCGAAAGAGGAACUUUCUCACACAGGCAUCACGUGCUCCACCACCAGAAGGUGGACAAGGCGACGUACUGCCCGCUGGCGCACCUGUACCCCGACCAGGCCCCGUACACCGUGUGCAACAGCUCGCUGUCGGAGUACGGCGUGCUGGGCUUCGAGGUGGGCUACUCGGUGACCAACCCCAACGCGCUGGUGCUGUGGGAGGCGCAGUUCGGCGACUUCAACAACGUGGCGCAGUGCAUCAUCGACCAGUUCAUCUCCAGCGGGCAGGCCAAGUGGGUGCGCCAGUCCGGCAUCGUGCUGCUGCAGCCGCACGGCAUGGAGGGCAUGGGGCCCGAACACUCGUCGGCGCGCCUGGAGCGCUUCCUGCAGAUGAGCUCCGACGACCCAGACUACAUGCCGCCCGAGAGCCCCGACUACGAGGUGCGCCAGCUGCACGACUGCAACUGGGUGGUGGCCAACUGCUCAACGCCCGCGUCGCUGUUCCACAUCCUGCGGCGCCAGAUCGCGCUGCCCUUCCGCAAGCCGCUCAUCCUCAUGACGCCCAAGUCGCUGCUGCGCCACCCCGAGUGCAAGUCGUCCUUCGACGAGAUGCGCGACGGAACGUCUUUCAAGAGACUGAUCCCGGAGGCGGGCCCGGCGGCCGACAACGCGGCGCAGGUGCGCAAGGUGGCGUUCUGCUCGGGCCGCGUGUACUACGACCUGCUCAAGCACCGCCGCGACCGCGGCCUCGAGAAGGACAUCGCCAUCGUCAGAUUGGAGCAAAUCUCGCCGUUCCCGUAUGACCUGAUCAAGGCGGAGAUCGCCAAGUACCCGAACGCGCAGCUGGUGUGGAGCCAGGAGGAGCACAAGAACAUGGGCGCCUGGAGCUACGUCGAGCCGCGCUUCCGCACGCUGCUGCAGAACCAGAAGCAGAUCAGCUACAACGGUCGCGCGACGGCAGCUUCGCCCGCCACCGGCUCGAAGGCGGCGCACACCAAGGAGCUGAAGAACCUGCUCGACGAGUUCUGCGUGUUAUAAACGACUCCAACUAAUGUUUUUUACGAAACACAGUCGUCGCCGAAUUUCACCUCGUCUAGCGUUAAUUUCCGAUCGUCGCUUACAAAUUUAUAAAAUGCUAUAUCGACGUUUAACUUUGGCCUGGAAUAAAUAAACGUAUAUAUUUUUUUAUUUUCGUUGUAAAUGUCAGUAUUUUAAAACAAUUCUCUUUAUUAUUAGUUAGAGCAAUUAGAUAAAUUCUAAUUUAUUUAUUCGUUGUAGCAUAAUGCGGUCGGUAGGCACUAUUUAUUUUAAAUGUUACAACAAUAUGUUAUUUUGUGGUGUCGCUCUCGCGGAGCCGGAGUUGUAAAUAGAUCCGAACAUUUAAUUUGUAGAUAUACGCCGUGUACUAUCGAUAUGUAUCGAGUAUCGAUAGCGGGUCCCGUCUCCUUCCUGGUCCAAGACGAGGAGCCGCGAGACGACCCGAUAUUUAUUAAAUAUUGAUAAUUAUAAAUAAACGAGUAGUUUAAAUAUCUUUAAAGUAUUCGAAUACACAGUAGUAUAGAAGUACCGGCACAGUCGACAGAUAUUUGAAUGGAUAUUAUUCGUGAUUAAUUGUUAGUUAUACUCGGAGCUGGCGACGCCGGCGUAGUUUAGUUUCGUAGUUACCACUCGUAAGGACUAACGCCAAACACCACCGCACGACCACGUUGUACGUGUAGUGUGCGGUUAGCGGUCGAACUGUCGCUUACGUCUUAUUUGUAGUUCGAUCCGAAGAUUUGUAAGUCGCAUGUGUUAUGCACUACUGUGCUGUUGUUAAAAUAAUCUUGAUCUUAUAUUUUUGAACUCGCCCAGGAGUGGUUGUUGGGUAAGCGUGAUAGGGAAUGAAGAAUGUUGCGUGUCAGGGACAGGUUUGGCAGGCAGCCUGGGCUAUUUAUUGCUACGUUAAUUUGAUUUAGUUACUUUACAAUAAAUAUAUAUUCAGUAAACA